AUGCCGUCCAGACGAUUGACCAAGAAAACUAUCAAAGGGAAGGAAGGUGUUCAUCCAGGUUCGCGUAAAGCUGGACAACUCGCUCGGGUCAGUUUACGGACAUUGAAGCUUCAAGCCCAGGCUAAAGAUAGGAAAGAGCUCAAGACUGCCAAAUUAUUCCGUCCAACAUUCUUCUUACAUUCCCUCUCCUCCGCCUCACCUUUGUCCUUACCAUCAUUACGGGCUCUCAUCGUCGAUGUCUAUUUAGCGCGGAACGAUGCCAGAUUACAUGAACUUGAAGCAGAGCGGAGACCUGGUCGACCAAAAUUUAAGGAACUCGUUGAUCUGGAGGAGAUCAAGAGGGUCGAAUGGGCUGAAUGGGAGACUGGUUUCGAAGUCCCAGAUUUGACACACGGUCCUACCGUUCGACUCAUGUACUCAUUACUCGAACAAGGUGUAAAUUUGAAUAUCUCAAACAUCCCUCUCUUACGACACGUCCGUAUUCCCCGACUACCAGAAGGUCCAGAAGGCGUGGUGGUGUCUCGUCCGGGUAAAUGGGAGAAUAUGGGUCUUGGUUCUGGUGUGGAGGGUCAAGGGGAAGAUUGGACAGAUGUGAUAUCUUCUGAAAUGUCAUGA